AUGGCUACCACGCACGCCCCCGUCGAACCCCCUAAACGCCGCCGCAUCGGUGUCCUGACCUCCGGUGGUGAUGCUCCCGGUAUGAACGGUGCCGUGCGUGCCGUCGUCCGCAUGGCCAUCCACUCCAACUGCGAGGCCUACGCCGUCUACGAAGGUUACGAGGGCCUCGUGGAGGGCGGCGACAUGAUCCGCCAGCUCCACUGGGAAGAUGUCCGUGGCUGGCUCUCGCGCGGCGGCACUCUGAUCGGUUCCGCUCGCUGCCUGGCCUUCCGCGAGCGUGCCGGUCGUUUGCAGGGUGCCAAGAACCUCGUCCUACGGGGCAUUGACGCCCUGGUGGUCUGUGGUGGUGAUGGUAGUUUGACCGGUGCCGAUGUCUUCCGUUCGGAAUGGCCCAGUCUGCUAGAGGAGCUGGUCAAGACCGGUCAAUUGACCAAGGAGCAGAUCGCGCCGUAUCAGCGGUUGAACAUCGUUGGUCUGGUGGGCUCCAUUGAUAACGACAUGUCCGGCACCGACGCCACCAUCGGCUGCUACUCCUCGCUCACUCGCAUCUGUGAUGCUGUCGACGACGUUUUCGACACUGCGUUUUCCCACCAGCGUGGCUUCGUUAUCGAGGUCAUGGGUCGCCACUGCGGUUGGCUGGCCUUGAUGGCUGCCAUCAGUACCGGCGCCGACUGGCUCUUCGUGCCGGAGACGCCGCCCCGCGACGGCUGGGAGGAUGACAUGUGCUCGAUUAUUACCAAGAACCGUACCGAGCGAGGAAACCGCCGGACCAUCGUCAUCGUGGCUGAAGGUGCCCACGACCGUAAACUCAACAAAAUCUCCAGCUCUACUGUCAAGGAUAUCCUUACCAAGCGUCUUAACCUGGAUACCCGAGUGACUGUGCUCGGUCACACGCAGCGUGGAGGAGCGGCCUGUGCCUACGACCGCUGGUUGUCAACGCUGCAGGGUGUGGAGGCCGUUCGGGCCGUUCUCGACAUGGAGCCCACUACCCCGUCUCCCGUUAUCACCAUUCGCGAAAACAAGAUCCUGCGCACCCCGUUGAUGGACGCAGUUUCCGAAACGAAGAAGGUCACCUCGCAUAUUGAGAACCAGGAGUUCGAUCAGGCGAUGGCCCUUCGUGACGCGGAAUUCAAGGAGUACCACUUUGCCUAUCGCAACACUGCCACCCCUGACCACCCCAAGAUGACGCUUCCCGAGAACAAGCGUAUGCGCAUUGCCAUCAUCCACGUCGGUGCCCCCGCUGGUGGUAUGAACCCCGCCACGCGGGCCGCCGUGGGAUACUGUCUCACUCGCGGACACACACCCCUUGCCAUUCACAACGGUUUCCCCGGAUUGUGUCGCCACCACGACGACAAGAUCAGCUCCGUGCGCGAGGUCAGGUGGCAGGAGACGGACCCCUGGGUCAACGAGGGAGGCUCCGACAUUGGAACAAACCGAAGCCUGCCGGGCGAGGACUUCGAGACCACGGCUAAGUGCUUCAAGGAGCACAAGUUCGACGCCCUGUUCGUCAUCGGUGGUUUCGAGGCCUUCACCGCUGUCAGCCAGCUGCGCCAGGCUCGUCAGAAGUACCCCGAGUUCAAGAUCCCCAUGACGGUGUUGCCCGCCACCAUCUCCAACAACGUGCCCGGAACCGAGUACUCGCUGGGUAGCGACACCUGCCUGAACACGCUGAUCGAUUUCUGCGACGCCAUCCGCCAAUCCGCCUCUUCCUCUCGUCGCCGUGUGUUUGUCAUCGAAACCCAGGGCGGCAAGUCUGGCUACAUCGCCACGACGGCUGGUCUCGCCGUGGGCGCUUCCGCCGUCUACAUCCCCGAAGAGGGCAUUGACAUCAAGAUGCUGUCCCGCGACAUUGACUUCCUGCGCGACAACUUCGCCCACGACAAGGGCGCCAACCGAGCCGGCAAGAUCAUCCUGCGCAACGAGACCGCUUCCAGUACCUACACCACGCAGUUCGUCGCCGACAUGAUCAAGGAGGAGGCCAAGGGCCGGUUCGAAUCCCGUGCCGCCGUUCCUGGUCACUUCCAGCAGGGUGGCAAGCCUUCGCCCAUGGACCGUAUCCGUGCCCUGCGUAUGGCCAUCCGUUGUAUGCUGCACCUGGAAGGCUACGCCGGCAAGACCCCCGACGAGAUCGCGGCCGACGAGCUCUCCGCCUCCGUCAUCGGCAUCAAGGGCUCGCAGGUCCUCUUCUCGCCCAUGGGCGGAGAGAACGGUCUCGAGGCCAAGGAGACCGACUGGACGCGCCGUCGCCCGAAGGCCGAGUUCUGGCUCCAGCUGCAAGAUACCGUCAACAUUCUGUCUGGUCGGUCGGGCUGGCGCGAGGGUCGGCAGACUAACUGGGGGUGUUACGAGUCGGUUUAA